GUUUAUUUAGUAUUUGCUUUGUGGAAAGAAUAAAGAAGGAAAGAAUUCAAUAAUACUUUCAAGAUAAUUUCUUAUGUUGUUUGUUGUGGACUACCAUGUUCUCUUCUUGCAGAAUCAAAAAGAAGAGGAGAGCCUGGAAAGCGCCAGCUUUUGCCAUCAGUUUGGGUUCUUUUUCCGAUGGCUCCUUGAAUAGAUACAACCACCCAACUCAGGGACCAGUUUUCUGAGGUUCACCACCCACCAGUAAAGGUUGCCAGCCCAAGUGAGAGAGAUGAAGAAGGGAAAGAAGUGAGAAAUUAAGAGGCGAAAGAAAGAUGAUGGAAGAGAUGAGGGGUGGGGCUGUUGUGUUGUUGGGUUGGUGGCGAUGGAAGAUCAAAGCACUUCUUAGUUCUUACAGCCACUAGAGAUUGCUUGACGUCCGUCAUCCACUGUGGAGACGAAACAGGAUGUCAAUUUUGAUAUCCUACUCACGUCCACUAAUGUAACUUGUAUUGUCAGUAAAAUAGAGAAGGAAAUUGUACUAAGACAUUCUUUUGCCUCCUUGGUGUUGUUGUUAUGAUUAAAUGUUAAUUUUAGAU